AGACCUGCAAUCAAAUGCUUCCAGGAAAGAUCAUUGUGCCCCUGUCACCCCCGAGCUCUCCUCGCAUGUCUGGUCAAGACUACAAGCCAGCACUACCUGGUUGGCAAGCGCAUCAAGACCACAAGUCGCCUUUUGGACAGGGGUAUCCUCAUGCAGCAGGCCAGUACCAGGCUCCUCAAGAGCCUGUUCCGAGCAGCCAUGUCCUGAGCGUGCCUCAAGGUCCUUCAUUGAGGUCGUACAAGACUUCGCCGUACCCUCUCAAUGCCCAGUACUCGGCGGGUAGCACUGCUCCGAGUCCGUACUCGCAACAUUCUUCAUCGGAUCCUAAAUCCCAUACAACUUCCCAGUCCAAUGCUGGGCUAGGACAGCAGACGUCGGCCGAGUCGUUACCCGGCAGCCCAUCGUCUCAUCUGAGUCCGCACUCGCAAGGAGUCGACCCCGACGAUGAGAUCGCGGAUGAUGAUGAUCAAGAUGCAAGCGGGGAUGCUGAAGAUGGCGAGAACAAGCCUCCGAUGACAGCAGCCGAGCUGAGAAACCAAAAGCGCAAGAUGAAGCGAUUCAGGUAUGCUUUCACUUACCCACAACCAAACGAGAUUCCUGAUGAGCGAGUUCAGUCGCUAAGCCCACCCCGAUGCUGCGCACCGCGAAAGACUUUCGAGGGAGAUUCCUGGCUUGAGCCCAAGGCAGGUGCAAGUCUGGUUCCAAAACAGCUGAAGCGUUUGACAGCCGAGGAUCGUGAGAGGAUGAUGAAGUCAAGAGCUCUGCCGGAUAACUUUGACAUGACACCCAGUCUCCACAGCAACUAUGGCUCAGCGCCUGGUGGCAUCACACCUGGCGCAUCUCCUGCUAGCUAUGGAACAGUUAUCCACCAACCUGGGCACAUUCGUCCCUUGACUCUCGACACACUCCGCCGCGGAGAAUUGGGACCCAGCUACAUUAGCCCGACUGGAAUUCCUCCCGGAAUGACAACAAUGGCAUACACACCCCCGCAUUCUGCAACAGAUACCAUGUCUCCAGUCUCGAGACCACCUGAAGGUGCUACUUAUGGUUACACUCCCCGUUCAACUUUGGAUAGUCCCCAGAGAGCCAUGUUCCCAGGACCUCCUCCGUCAUACGCCAGCCAGUACUCCCAGGCUCCACGACUUCCUGUACACGAUCGAUUCAGACGCGCAAGUGGAGAGACUGCCACAUCGUCUCCUCUGAGAUCUAGCAUGUCUUAUGGCAGUCUGAGUGGCGAGAGCUCUCAACACCCCUCAGAGGCCAGAACCCCAGGACUGCAAUCGUCAGAGGGCCAGGGAUACAUCUCCCAACAGGAUGCGCAGAGGAACAUGCCUCCUCCCAGCGGGCCAUAUGGUUUGGGCCUUCCGCCUNNUGUAAGUAUUGUAUAUGUUUUGACCUCGCGUAACAUCACUAACAUUGAUCCUAGAUGGCUUCCCAGCUACCAAUCUAGUGUUCGUCCUGCACAGGCGCCGACUAGUGGCCCUCCAAGCAUCGACAUGAUCAAUGCCUAUCACAGAGACAGCCAACAACUGCUCAGCCAGCACCCUUCCUCCUUCCCCGAAUACCAACAAUACCACAACCCAACCCCUUACUCCACACCUCAAAUGCCUCACUACGCCAACUUCAGCAACCAGUUCGCUCCUUCCUCUUCAUACUCUGGUCCCUAUAUGCAGCGCUCAGAACAGCAACAGGCACAACCUCAACAACCGCAACAUCUUCCUACUACCUUAGCUCCUAGCGCCGCCCAGCGAUCUCCGUACCAUGGACAGCGCAGCAACGAAUCUGAAGCAAGCCACAGUGACAGCGGUGUUGCCAUCGGCGCUUCCUAC